CACUUCGCAUAACGAAGGCGAAAUUGCCCCAUAUCUGUUAGAUCUGCAGGGACGUGCAUCUGCAGUAAAAAUUGGCUCGUAUCCAAAAUGGGGUACGGAUUCCAACGGCGUUAGAGUAGUUGUAAGCGUUGUAGGCAGAGAUGAAGAACAGGUCAAGAAGUAUGGUGACGAAGUGCAAGAAAAGCUAAACGGCUGGAAAUAUCAGGAAUCAGAAUAGCAUAAACGGCAGCUGAUACUAUAAAUAAAAAAAAAAAUUGAUAUUACCUGGGAUGUCUUGUCACUUCGCUUCUAUUCCUCUAAUUCCUAACAUCUCAGCAUAACUGCCUCUGGUUAAUGCCGAACAUCAAACACUUGUUAAUAGCUGCCAUUGUACUGGCUUGUCCACUUUUCAUUUUGGCUGUUAACUUUGGUGACCCCUGCGAUCCCACCACUAGUCACCUCAACGCAUACCUAACAUAUAUUGACGCUUGUGAUGAUCCAACAGGCAUGUAUGCUUGUGCUCAAAACAGCACCUGUGCAUUCAAAACCUGUGUCAACACAAACUAUCUAAAGGGUUGGUCAAAUUCUACCUAUAAGUUUCCAUCUCGUUGUAUGGAUCAAACAUACUGCCCCGAUAAUGGUCUACAAUGUACGCCACUAGUAGCGCAGGGCGGUCGCUGCGAGCUGGAUCGAGACGACGAGUGCGUGGGUGGAGCAUCUGCUAUAUGUCUGAAUUAUGUUUGCGUGAUCAAAGGUGUGCCGAUCGGCGGCUUCUGUGGUGUGGAAUCAACUCAGUUCACAUACUCAGAGCAGACUGGUGAAGAAAUGACAGGAACGUUCCAAAGAGAUAAUUGUACCGUUGGAGCCUAUUGCAACAGUGGAUUGUGUGUCCAAGGUUUAGCGAAUGGAGAGCAAUGUACACAAGAUAGAGAGUGUUUCAGCAAUUCCUGCUUCAAUAACGGCGCUGGCGGCGUUGGUUACUGUGGUAUCCCACCUGAUUCUUUCAAAGAGGUACCUAUGUCAACCUGGGUAGCAAUUGGUGUUUCCAUAUUGGUCUUUAUGAUUAUAGUGCUGGUCGCCCUUUGGCUACUCCAUCGAUAUCAAUCAAGGAAGGAACAUGAAAAAGUAAAGCGAUUUUUUGACAUGCAAGAGCAAUUACGACAGCAAAGUGGUCGGGAUACUCCAGAUAUGACAGAAGGCGCUAUCUUGCUGGGUACUCCACGACUAUAUGCUCAUUCCAACAAAUCAGACUCGUCCAUUAUAUCAGAUAUACGUAAUCGUAUGUCUUUGCCAGGUACACGACCCCAGUCACAAAUGGUGAAUGAAUGAUAACCCGAUCGCAUCAGCUAUGCUUUCAUUUACCCUGUUCCACUCCACCACCCGUCAUAAAAUCUAGCUACUUUCUUGAUAGAAUAUAUCGUUCGUCAAAUAAUGUAUUUCACACGGAAUUUACGAAGACUUUGAUGUAUCCACUGUGGAGUGCUGUUUUCACAUUGCCAAAACAUGAUACAUAUCGAAGUUUUAACGAAGUCACCAAUUUGCCAUAAGCGUAUGCCUAAGAUCUCAUUGUAUCUUGUGUAUAUAGAACAUGCUGUUUCGUAAGCACCAAACCUAGUCAAAGUCAAUGACUGCACAAACAGGACAUACUGCAAUAGUGAUUUAUGUUUUUCAGGACCACUGAACAAAAAUGA